AGAAAUCUUAAAGAAAAUAUUACAGAAUGGCGGGGGAGUUUGUAGUCCAGUUUGUCCUGCUGGAGGGAGAGGAUCAGAACCAGAUGCAGCGUGCAGAGGAAGCCAUCAGGACCACUGCAAAGCUCCCCUCACAGGUCAUCAACGGUCCGGCCGCACUGGAGAUUUCCAAGGCACAGAAAAACGCUCUGGUGGUCUGUGAUCCGUUCGAGGGUGAGGUGUACCAACAUCUGAAGGCAUUGAAGUGCAGGAUUGUAGGCCCCCAGUGUGUCCUGUCCUGUAUGAAGCUGGGUAAAGCCAUCCCCAAGGCUGACUAUCCCAUCUACAACAUUGCCAUGAGGAAUGUGGUCAUCAGCUGUUCUAGUAUGGUCAAAAAAGAAAGGGACACAAUCCAUGAGCUGGUCCAGUUGAUGGGAGGCCAUGUUGUCAAGGCCUUCACCGGCAUGGUAACACAUCUGGUCGCCGGGGAGGUCGGCUCAAAAAAGUACCACGUUGCCGUGAAGCUGGGAAAACCCAUCAUGCUCCCUGAGUGGAUAAGGGCCUGCUGGGAACAGGGUAAAACUCGCCACAUUGAUGCCACAGAUGAGGAGUUUCAGGACUACAAGUGUCCAGUGUUCCAGGGUAUAGUGGUGUGUGUGACAGGACUGGACAGUGUGGACAGACAGGAGAUCAGGACACAGGUGGAGCAGUAUGGAGGGAGGUACUCAGGAGAACUCCGCAUGAAGGAGUGCACUCACCUGGUCGCUAAGGAACCUAAAGGUGCUAAGUAUGAGUUUGCGCGGAAGUGGAAGCUGCACUGUGUGACGACCAGGUGGUUCUAUGAGAGUCUGGAGGCAGGGGUGUGUCAGGAUGAGAACCUGUACAGACUGGACAGGACAAACAACACAGAGGACAACAAGACAUCUACACCUUCACAGGAGAAGAAGGCCCCACGCCUCAGCUGUAUAGCAGACAUCAGUACCAUAUCCACAGCCUCCAACAACAUGUCCCACGUGAACGACACCAACCUCAAUGCCACGCGCCUCUCAACACGAGACCACGACGUCACGUUGCUAGCUGACGAUCUUGACACCGUGGACGUCUCUAACAUUGACGCGGGAAUGUUCCUAGACGGUUGUACGAUAUUCCUGAGCGGCUUCACCGGAGCAAGACUGGAAAAACUCCGAAAGAUCGUGAACGCGGGCGGCGGCAUGAGGUUUAACCAGCUGAACGAGAAGGUCUCGCACGUAGUCAUGGGCGGUCCUGACGAACAGAUCGCACAGACGCUGAGCGCGGAAAACCUCAGGCCACACGUGGUGUCAGCAAAGUGGUUGGUGGAGUGCGUCAAGGCGGGAAAGCAGGUUCCAGAAGAGCCAUUCUACUGUCUGGAGCUCCCCCCUCUGGACCCCACCUCCCCUGUUCAACCCAAGAAAACGGAGAAGCCAGAAAAACUCCCGCCUCCUCCCAAGGAGCCUGAAGACGAAGACUCGACUCAGAUGGAAGAAGAAGAACCUGCGGAAGACGACAUCAUGAGUCAGUAUCUGGCAGGUGCAGAGGAGGAAGAAGACAACACGACCAUUGAAGCACCAGAGGAGAGACAAGAACCAACAGAAGAGGAGGAGGAAGAUGAGGUAGUUUUCAUGAAGCUGGAGGAGAAGAGGCCUGAGGAUGAGGAGGAGGAGGAUGAUAAUGAUGUUACUGUGGCGAUGGAUGGAGACUGUGAGACAGAGAUGGAGGAGGAGGGAGGGGGAGGGGUGUUCCAGGGAAAACUCUUCUCCUUCUACUCCUUCACAGAACAGCAGACAGCCACCCUAGCCGAACUGGUGGGAGAAAAUGGAGGAUCUGUAGUGAAGUCGGGCUCCAGAGCCGUGCCUAACUACGCAGUAGUUCCUGUACUGGGGUUUCCUGAGGGCAUCUCAGCGGAGGAGAUAGUGACAGACUGCUGGCUCAACGUGUGUCUGGAACAGGAGACCCUGCUCAGUCCUGAACAUAACCCCUUAUUCACACCCCUCACAUUCAAACCUGACUGUAUGCCUCUGGUCGGCUGUGUGCUCUCUCUCAGUCAAUAUGCAGGAGUUGAAAGAGAAUUUCUGUCUGGGCUUGCAGAGGAGCUGGGAGCCUGCUGUCAGGAGUUCUUUGUGAAGAAGGCCCAGCCCAGUAAGAACCUGCAAGCCAGCACUCACCUGCUCUGUAAAACACCUGAGGGCUCCAAGUACCAGGCAGCGAAAAAGUGGAAGCUCCCUGCAGUGACGUCUGACUGGAUAUUUGAGUGUGGCAGAACUGGGAAGAAGGUGUCAGAGGAAAGAUUCCUGGUCAGUAACAUACAGCAACCUCAGGAGCCUGCACAGGACAAACCAGAUAAAAUAACCAAGGCUGAACACCAUGAAUCCAGACCCAAAGAAACAAAAUUAGAUGUGACGCCAUCCGAAACCCCCGGACCGAGUAAAGAAAGCCCAGGAAACAAGGAGAACAGACAAGAAGACCGCAGAACCUCUACUGUGCCCAAACAGCAACCCCCUGUGCCUUCUACUUCAGUACAGAACAAAAGCCCUCCUGCAGAAAAACAAGUAAAAUCUCCAUUGGAAAAGGACGAUAGGACUUGCAAUACAAAGACUACUGCUCAGAAGUCAUCUGAGACCCAAAUCUCUAAAGAACAGGAUAGUAGAAAAGAUACCAGUGCACCACAAGUGAUACCGAAGAACAAGGCACCAGUCUUGAGCAAGGAGCCGUUUGUAGCCAAGAACAAGACGCCCGUACUUAGCAAAGAGCUUCCUUCGGUUAAGAAAAACAAGAGACUGACCGAGCUUCAGCAGUCACAGGUGAAGAUAGACACCCCAAGCAAGUUCUUGAGUAAAGGAGUGGUGUUCAAGCCUUCCUUUGACAUGCAGGAUGCCUUUGAUGCCCUGCAGUCUCCGGCUGUGGUGGGGAACCAGGGGCAGAGGAAGAGGGCCAGGAGGUCCAGUGUGCCUCUAGAUGCCCUUCUCCAGCAGAACCUGGAGAAAGCUCUGUCUAACUUCAGUAAGGAAGGACAGCAGUCUGGCCUGGGGCCGGGGAUUCCACAAGGAGAGCAGGAAGAGGAGGAACAAGAAGAGGAGGAAGAGGUUUUUACUAAGGAGCCCUCCCCUCCCCGCCCGUUGGCAGGAGUAGUGAUCUAUGUGAGUAAGAAGCUGAGUAAGCAGCAGAGUGACUAUAACGACCUGGCCUGCUCACUGGGCGCUGACUACAGGUGGACGUACGACGAGAGCGUCACGCACUUCAUCUUCCAGGGUCGUGCCAAUGACACCACCAAGGAGUUCCGGACAGCGCGGUCUCAGGGGAAGACCAUCGUGUCUCCUCAUUGGCUGCAGGUGUGUGAGGAGCAGGAGGCCAGGGUGGACGAGACACUGUUCCCUCACACAUACAACCCCAAACUCAGUCUGUCCCAAGCGGUUGUGUCGAAGACCCCUGCCAGAUCCACCCGUAGUUCCUCCCGUAGGAAAGACUCUGAACAGCAGGAGAACCAGGACAGUACUGAGGGGGAGGAGGACAGGGAACAGGACAGGACACACAUGGAACAGGGUGGGACCCUGGAGAUGAGAGAAGACUUCCAGCGUCAGUUUGAGGAGAUCAUGUCUGCAACGCGGGUCACACGCAGCAGCCGCAGGAGAACCAAACGUCUCAACGACUCCACGGGAACGCCGUCUGCGUCUGAUGACAGCGCCAAACGCUUCUCCACACGCAGUAGGACACGGGCGCCUUCACAGACUUCCAAGGCCGACAGCAAGGAUCAAGAACAGGCUAAGAACUCAGCAAAGUGUCCAGAGAACUUCACCGAAGCCUCUCAGAGCAUCCAGAUCACCUGGGACGAUCCAACGGGCAGACAGGAGAGGGAACGAAUCGCAGAGCAGCUCAGAUACAGAGCCAGUCCCACACAGGAGAUGGAGGAACUCGCACAGGAUGGACAAGACUUCCUCACCAGAAUGUCAGGAGAAUCAACCAAUCAGGAACAAGGACCAGGUCAGAUGAGACUCCCAUCAGCCAAUAACAGGGCCUCAUCCACCUCACCCAAUCAGGGAGCAGAUAGGAGUUUUGGGGAGGAUGAGCCCACGCCCACCCCGGAGGGUCCCUCCAUUGCGUUCCCCUUCGUAAACCCAGCUGUGCCACACCCGACAACCAUAGCUAGGGCGGAGGGUGAGGAGGAGGAGGAAGUACAGAAGCAAGUUUAUAUCUUCCAAAUGUCAGGGAUGACUCCUCAGGAGAAGAUGGACUACAGUGGUCUGAUAGAGGAGCUGGGAGGUGAGGUCAUCGACAAGCAAACCUUUGACCCCCGCUGUACCCACAUCGUUGUCGGGAACCCCAACAGGAACGAGAAGUACCUGUCUGCCCUGGCCAUGGGGAGGUGGAUCCUACACAGGUCUUACAUGGAGGCAUGCAGGGAGGCCAAGGCAUUUGUAGAGGAGGAUCCCCAUGAGUGGGGCACUGCUACAGACGUCAGCGGCCUGCCUGAGAACGUGGCACGGCUGGCCCUCGCCGCGCGGCGCUGGAGACAGAACCUCGCCGACCUGCGCGUACAGAACAACGACCCCGACAUCAAUGCCUUCCAGAACUGGGCCGUCCUCCUCCACGUGGACCAAUCACGCGCCUCGGGGUUCAAACGGCUCCUGGAGUCCGGCGGGGCGAGGGUGCUGAGCACGCGGCCUCCGCACGCGAACGUCCACGAAGUGACGCACGCCUUCAUCGAAAUCAAAGGCAAGGGGGUGGACCCGUCGCUGGACAUACAAGCCCUGGUGCAGGCUGGGGUCUGGUGCCUUAAAUCAGAGUACAUCGCAGAUUACCUCAUGCAAGAUCCGAUUCCAAAGCCACAGAACUUUGUCAUCAGUGAAGCCCUCCCUUACAUGACUGGGGCAGAGACCCCUAGGAAGAGGAAGGCCAGCUCUACGAGUGGACUCGAUGGAAAACGAAGCAAAAGACUGUAAUUCCAAGAUUUGCUGUAUUAAAGUAGAGUGUUGGUGAUGUAUAUAGUAGAG